CACGGAAGUAGACUCCACGGAGCAGAGCAGCCGGCCGCAUAAACAAACACAGAGGGUCACCCAGUAGGUCGACAUGCCUAAAUUCCGUGAACUCGGAGCCCAUUCUUCUCAUCAUUACCAAAAUCCUCUGCCUCCUGGGCCUUGCAAGCUAAUUGCCAGCAGAUACGUCGUUCAGCAGAGCCUGGGGAGGGGCAGUUUCGGCUCUGUUUUUCUCAUUAAGGACACCAAAGCGGCGCUGGGAGAAGAACUGAAGGUGCUGAAGGAAAUCCCGGUGGGGGAUCUGAAGCCCGACGAGACGGUGAAGGCCACGCAGGAGGCUCAGCUCCUCUCCCAGCUCCACCACCCAGCCAUCCUCAAGUUCUACACCAGCUUCCUGGAGAGAGACGCCUUCUGUAUCAUCACAGAGUACUGUGAGGACAGAGAUCUGGACUGUAGGCUGGAGGAGUUGCGGGUGGAGGGGAAAACUCUGUCCGAGCUUCAGGUCACUCAGUGGCUUGUCCAGCUGUUGCUCGGGGUCAACUACAUGCACGAGAGGCGGAUACUUCACCGAGAUCUGAAGGCCAAGAAUGUGUUUCUGAAGAGGAAUAAUGUGAAGAUAGGUGACUUUGGAGUGUCGUGCUUGCUGAUAGGGUCGUGUGACCUGGCCACUACAUUCACGGGAACGCCAUACUACAUGAGUCCAGAAGCCCUCAGUCACCGUGGUUAUGACUCCAAAUCUGACAUAUGGUCUUUAGGCUGUAUUCUGUACGAGAUGUGCUGUUUGAAACACGCCUUUGAGGGUCAUAACUUCCUGUCCGUGGUGCUGAAGAUUGUAGAGGGCGCCACGCCGUCACUUCCGGAGAAAUACUCACCGGAGCUGAACACUUUACUGCAGAGGAUGUUGGAGAAGAAUCCCUCGUGCAGGAUCUCUGCAGCGGAUGCUCUGAGCAGCAGUUUUCUGGAGGAACUCACUCAGACUGUGAAACAGCAGUUUUCGGACCUGAUGCUGAUCGACAGAACAGAAGGGGAGGAGAGAGAUGUUUCACAGAUUGCUAAAGCGCUGCAGAAGAAGGUGCACCUGCAGACCCUCAGAGAAAGAUCAGAGGUUGAGAAGAUGAGCCCUCGAGAGCGGAUGAGGCUGCGGAAGCUGCAGGCUGCGGACGAAAGGGCCAGGAAGCUGAAACAAAUCGUGGAGGAGAAAUAUCAGGAGAACCACCAUCGCAUGAUGGAGCUUCGCUCCAGACACUUCCAGAAAAUCAGUGUGAAUGUUUUAAAGGAGAAACCUGAGGACGCUGACUGCCAGAGGCAGCCAAUCACAGACCAGAAUUUUACUAGCAGCCACUGUGGACCAAUGGGAGAGCAGCUUGCUGACAGGUUGAACAUGUCUGAGCAAACAGAACGUGACAUUCCUGACGACCCCCAGGCCGCAGAGGCGUACUACUGCGAGGACGGGUUCGAGUCCUGCUCGGAUGAAGACGAUUCCUCUGCAGCUCCGUCCUCCUCCGCCCGUUUCUGCCAGACGUCCGGACAGGACAGUGAUCUAGAAGCCAUGGUGAGACACAUGGAGAAUGUUCUGGAUGAGAAAUACAGCAGGGAAGCAGAGAGUAGUGACCCUCAGUCUGGUCUGCAAAGCAUGUCCAGUAUCAACACUGCAAUGGCUGAGAGCAGAAUACAACACAUCAGAGAGUGA